AUGGACCCGACGCCUCAAAAGUCCCAACACGACAAACGUCGUCGCCAGCAGCGAAAAGCUUGUGAUUUAUGCCGCCGUCGCAAAGUCCGCUGUGACAUAGUAGACCGACCAUCAGGCCCAUGUUCCGUCUGUGAAAAGUCCGGGUUCGAAUGCCGAUCAACGGCGAAAUGGGCUGUUGCGAGAAGAAGUUCGCUGGCUUCUAGAAAUGCUUAUGAUCGUGAUACACCUGCGAGAUCGCCAGGAGUAUCGCAGCCGGAUCCGGAGGCCGGAGCCGUUGAGCGGGAUGAUCAUCUUUCGAUCCUCGGACCCGAUGCUUCAUCUGCAUCAUCGCGGCGUGACAAGUCAUCAAACGAUGCAUCGCGCUCGGAUGGCCAAGAGAAACUCGCUCGGGAGGGACUAGCGAGGUUCUUCAAGCAUGGCAUCGGGGCUGCGGCUUGGGCUGUUUUUGCAUCGACCAAGAGCUUUCGCAUCGCUUAUGUCGGCACGGCUGUGUCGAACCUGGUUCAUCUUGUCGACUUACAUCGUUCUUUCAGACAGCCUUAUUCUUCCAUUCUUGGCGACCAGAGACCUUUGUCUGCGCCUACAGGACCCGAUACUCAUGGCUCGUUUCAAGAGUCUGCAGAUGGAAGUACCAGUAGUGAUAGGAUAGGUGGCAAACCGUUGCAUUAUCCAUAUCCUCCGAUCAGACAAGUCAAGUCUUGGAAACCGACACCGAACUCAUGGGUGACUCAAGAUUUGGUGACGGAAGUAUCGUCGUUCCCGGCGCAAGAAGUUCGCGAUGCGUUGGUACAAGCAUACUUUGAUCACAUCCACCCAUUUUUGCCCAUCGUAUCAAAGCCAGAAUUCCUCGCUCGAUAUCGUACACCUGAUAAUCCUCCACCACUUCUACUAUUUCAGUCAGUCCUAAUGGCCGGUGCCCACGCAUGUGCUCAUCCUCUCGUCGCCACUGAUCGCCAUGCCGUCCAGAACAGACUCUUCAGAAGAGCGAGUAUGCUAUACCAUAUGCGCCAUGAGUCAGACAGAAUGCAUCUUCUCCAAGCAGCAGCCCUGUUCACAUGGCACAUAGGCGAUGGUGAUACAGUCGCCGGUGGGCCGUGGUACUGGGCUGGAAUCGCUGUGCGAAUAGGUACUGGCCUUGGUGCUCAUCGGAGAAGCUCUCAACUCCCAUCUACAGAGAUGGCGCAGUAUCGACGCUGCUGGUGGUCUGCUUUUUUCUGUGAAGUAUUUUCUUCGUUAGAGACUGGGAGGCCUUGUGCAGUGCGAGCAGAGGAUAUAGACCAGUUGCCACUUCAGCAAGAGGAUAUCACUGAUACACCGAGCAAUGACCCGACAAUCGCCGAAUCUGGAGUCAGCCCUGACUUUCUGAACCACCUCGUUGAUCUAGCCUACAUCGGCCUCGACGUCAUUGCACUCAACGCACCCGCCCGAGAUCGUGUCAUAGAUGUAGCAUCAAUCGACGCCCGUCUAGGUCUAUGGUCGCUCCGCUCAGGCAUAUCCACAGUCGCAGAAGACGACGACUCAUGGACAUGCCAUCUCAGAAUGCACUACAAUCUCCUCCUUUUGCACCUCCACCGCAAUCUCCACGAACAAAGCAGCCAGUCAAUCUGCUCAGCAGCAGCCCAAGCAAUUGUUACAUCGCUCGAAAAACUCACGGCACGCGAUGAACUGCGCCAAUGCCACUUUACCUCCGUCAGCGCGGUGACAGCAGCUGGUAUACAAUUCGCCGGUGAGAUUCGUGCAGCUGUAGCCUCUCAGACGUUUUUAGUCGCCAUUAAUGCACUUGAAAGACUAUCGAGACUCUUGAGAUCAACGAUAUUACUUGCGAGACACUGGCCUAAUGCCGAGGCUGUUCAUAGUGUCUUUGAGGAGCUACAUCGCGAGUAUGAGACGCUUGUUACGCAGAGAUUGCAGGGCGAACAAGUCAUGGUGCCGGAGAGUCCGCCUGAUUGGAACAGGUUGCUUGGCGGAGAGGGAUUGCACCAGUUCAGUAACUUCACAUCGGAUCAGGAUUGGAUGAACAUUAAUAGCUGGACGGAUUUGUUAUAG